UCACCAACAUGAGGGAUGUUAAUGGGACCAUGGCUGAAGCUGGGGACCGGAACGGUUCUGAUGAACUCGUCUUCUUUGUGAAUGGAAGGAAGAUCAUUGAGAAGAAUGCAGAUCCUGAGAUGACCCUGCUGACAUAUCUGCGGAGAAAACUGGGUUUGACCGGAACUAAGCUGGGUUGUGCUGAAGGGGGAUGCGGCGCGUGUACAGUCAUGCUGUCCAGAUACCAACCACACACCAAACAGCUCCUUCAUUAUGCCAUCAACGCCUGUCUUGCCCCCCUCUGCUCCCUGCACAUGGUUGCUGUGACAACCGUGGAGGGAAUCGGCAGUGUGGCGAGAAAACUGCACCCUGUACAGGAACGAAUCGCCAAGUCUCACGGCUCACAGUGUGGUUUCUGCACACCAGGAAUUGUCAUGUCCAUGUACGCAUUACUGAGAAACAACCCCACGCCAAAGAUGGCCGACAUGGAAGAAGCCUUCCAAGGAAAUCUGUGCCGUUGCACUGGAUACAGACCCAUUCUGCAUGGAUAUAAGACUUUCACUUUGGAUGGGGGAUGCUGUGGUGGUAAAGGGAAAAACGGAUGCUGCAUGAAGAAUAAGAACAAAGUUCUCCAAAACUCAGAGGAGUAUGUUGAUGAGGCCACAUCCCUCUUCAACACUGAAGAUUUUGCACCUUAUGACCCCACACAGGAAGUCAUCUUCCCCCCUGAACUCAUGAGUCUGUCUAAAGGUCAAAGGUCACAGUCCCUGUGUUUUCAUGGCGAGCGAACAACAUGGCUGCAGCCGGACAGUCUGGAUGAGUUUUUGCUUCUGAAAUGGAAACAUCCAGAGGCCCGAGUGGUGGUGGGAAACACUGAAGUGGGUAUUGAAGUAAAGUUUAAGAACAUGGUUUAUCCGGUCAUUCUGGCUCCAGCCUUCAUCCCUGAGCUGAAUGCAGUGACUCACACGGAGGACGGUAUUUCAUUUGGUGCGGCGUGCACCCUAAGCCACAUGGCAGCGGUGCUGAGGCAGGCGGUGAGGACUCUUCAUCCUCAUCAGUCCGAAGUCUUCCUCGCUGUCCUGGAGCAGCUGCGAUGGUUCGCCGGACAACAGAUCCGUAACGUAGCUGCUGUGGGAGGAAACAUCAUGACGGCGAGUCCAAUUUCAGACCUCAACCCUGUUUUUAUGGCAGCAGGCUGCAAACUCAUUCUGAUGGACAAAGAUGGAAGCCGUGAAGUUCAGAUGGACGACAGGUUCUUCACAGGUUACAGGAGGACGGUCGUUCGCCCGCAGGAGAUCCUGAUCUCUGUGCACAUCCCAUACAGCAAAAAGUCUCAGUUCAUCUCAGCCUUCAAGCAGUCCCCUCGCCGUGAGGAUGACAUCAGUAUCGUCACUGCGGCGAUGAGCGUCACCUUCACUCCUGGGACUGAUGUUGUGGAGGACCUGAGACUGAGUUAUGGCGGCAUGGCACCAACCACGAUGCUGGCCAAGAAGACGGCAAAUAAACUGCUGGGAAGGCAGUGGGGGGAGGAGCUUCUGCAAGAGGCUUGCUCGUCAUUGGCUGAGGAAAUGACCCUUGACCCAUCAGCGCCUGGUGGCAUGGUGACAUACCGGCGAACGUUGACUCUGAGUCUGUUCUACAAGUUCUACCUGACGGUGCUACAAAAGCUCAGACUGCAGGGUGUUGACGUGCAGGAGGUCAGCUCAAAGUCUCUGAGCGCCACGCAGGUGUAUCAUCAAGAAACGCCAUCCAGCGUUCAGAUCUAUCAGACGGUUCCAGAGGGACAGUGCCAGGAUGACGUGGUGGGCCGGCCCAUGAUGCACCUGUCGGCCUUGAAGCAGGCCACGGGUGAGGCAGUUUACUGCGAUGAUAUGCCGACAUACGAGAAUGAGCUCUACCUGGCGCUCAUCACCAGCACCAAGGCUCAUGCUCAAAUACUCUCUGUGGACGUGUCGGCAGCUGAAUGUUUACCUGGUGUCGUCAGCUUUCUGUUCGCUGAUGACGUUCCUGGCAGUAAUGUGACCGGAAUCAGGCUAGAUGAGACCGUCUUUGCGGACAACCAGGUGACCUGUGUGGGUCACAUCAUCGGCGCCGUAGUAGCUGACACUCAGGUUCACGCUCAGCGAGCUGCAAAAGCUGUAAAGAUCCAGUAUGAAGAGCUGCAGCCUGUUGUUACCAUCCAGGAGGCCAUCACCGCCCGCUCAUUUUAUGAACCUAUCAGAACAAUUCAAAAUGGAGACCUGGAGGCAGGGUUUAAACAGGCUGAGCACAUCCUAGAGGGCGAGAUUCAUAUUGGAGGUCAGGAACAUUUCUACCUGGAGACACACGUCACUUUGGCUGUUCCUCGGGAAGACGAAGAGAUGGAGCUCUUUGUUUCCACCCAGUCUCCUUCUGAUACACAGUGUUUCGUGGCGAAGGCUCUGGGUGUCGCUGCUAACAAGGUGUUGAUUCGUGUGAAGAGGAUGGGCGGAGGCUUUGGAGGAAAAGAAAGCCGAAGUGUGGUGUUGUCCCCUGUGGUUGCUGUGGCAGCAAACAAGCUGAAGAGACCUGUCAGAUGUAUGCUGGACAGAGAUGAGGACAUGCUGAUCACGGGAGGACGACACCCAUUUUAUGGAAAGUACAAGGUAGGGUUUCUGAACAGUGGCAAGGUGGUCGCUGUGGAUGCGUCCUUCUACAGUAAUGUUGGAAACUCCAUGGACUUGUCUCAGGCAAUCAUGGAGCGUGCUCUGUUUCACAUGGAGAACUCUUAUAGAGUGCCAAACAUUCGUGGCCAAGGCUUCAUGUGUCACACCAACCUGCCGUCCAACACCGCCUUCAGAGGCUUUGGAGGACCCCAAGGCAUGAUGGUUGCUGAGAACUGGAUCACUGAUGUGGCUCAUAGUUUGGGCCGCUCAGCUGAAGAGGUGCGUCGGCUGAACCUGUACCUGGAUGGAGAGUCAACGCCAUACAAUCAGAUCCUGUACGGGCUCACGUUGGAUCGCUGCUGGAAUGAAUGUCUGUCACGUUCAGGAUAUGUGCAACGCCAAGCUGCUGUUCACCUCUACAACAAACAGAACCGAUGGACCAAACGAGGGCUUGCUGUGGUGCCCACCAAGUUUGGCAUUAGCUUUACAGCCACCUUCUUAAACCAGGCCGGAGCUCUGGUUCAUAUCUACAAAGAUGGCUCUGUGUUGUUAACUCAUGGAGGGACUGAGAUGGGACAAGGACUCCACACUAAGAUGGUUCAGGUUGCCAGCAGGGUUCUGGGUAUCCCCUGCUCAAAAAUCCACAUCUCAGAGACCAGCACCAACACAGUGGCCAACACCAGCCCCACCGCUGCCUCCGCUUCCUCCGACCUCAAUGGAGCUGCUGUGCAGAACGCCUGUGAGAUCCUGAAGGAACGUCUGGAACCAUUCAAAAUUAAGAACCCCGAAGGAUCAUGGGAAGACUGGGUGAAGACUGCGUACUUCGACAGAGUCAACCUUAGUGCAAACGGCUUUUACAAGACUCCAGAUCUGGGUUACAGCUUUGAGUUAAACUCAGGCAGAGCGUUUCACUACUUCAGCUAUGGGGUGGCUUGUUCGGAAGUGGAGAUCGACUGUCUGACUGGAGCUCACAAGAAUCUGAGCACCACUAUAGUGAUGGACGUUGGUCAGAGCUUGAAUCCAGCUAUCGACAUAGGACAGGUUGAGGGGGGCUUCAUGCAGGGUCUGGGCCUCUUCACCCUAGAGGAGCUCCACUAUUCCCCUCAGGGAGUCCUCCUCACUCGGGGUCCAGGUUCCUACAAGAUCCCAGCCUUUGGCAACGUUCCUACGGAGCUCAGCGUCUCAUUGCUCCGAGAUGCUCCCAACGAUAAGGCCAUCUUCUCCUCCAAGGCGGUGGGAGAGCCCCCUUUUUUCUUGGCGGCGUCCAUUUUCUAUGCCAUCAAAGACGCCAUCAGUGCCGCUCGGGCCGAGUCGGGCAUCACUGGACCAUUUAGGCUGGACAGCCCCGCCUCUGCGGAGAGGAUCCGCAACACCUGCAGUGACCGCUUCACCAAACUGUGUCCUCCUGCAGAACCAGGAACCUUCAAGCCUUGGUCUGUCCAGGUGUAGAGGAGAUGAUCAACCAAUAAAAAAACACAAUCUUUGUUUUAACCAGCAAGAAGCUCCAAUCAGAGGGAACAUUCUUUCAUCAAGAUCUGAUGAUAUAAGAAAUACGUUUCUCCUUGUUCCUCCUCUGAUGACUGAUGAUGAGCUGGUGUUCGGUUC